UCCACGUGGCGCGCAGAGUCAGCCACCCGCACCAUAGGCUCCGGCUCAUGCCACCAAGGUGUUCGACCAAAUGCCGCACAGAGAUAAUAGAGCUAGGAUAAGCCCAAGCUUCGUCACCGUCGACCAAAACCACACCACGCGUCACCUCCUCACUAUCUCCUCCUCGCCACGCAUGCAAUCCCAUUGCCACGCGUCCUUCUCCUUCUCCUCUAUAUAUACGCCUCAUCCUCUUCUUUCUCUUUCUCGGUCCUGAAUCAAUGGCGGAGAACUACCAGCAAGUGGUGAAGGCAGCGACGGCGGUGGUGACUGGAGGGUCGACGCUGAUGCUGUGUGGGCUGACGCUGGUGAGCACUGUGAUCUUUCUGACAGUGGCCACGCCAUUGAUGGUGAUCUUUAGCCCUGUGCUUAUCCCCGCCGUCAUCACUGUUUGCUUGAUUUUCUCUGGGUUUCUUGUUUCCGGUGGCUUCGGCGUCGCCGGCGCCUCCGUGCUCUACUGGAUGUACAGGUACAUAACUGGAAAACAUCCUCCUGGUGCUGAUCAGUUAGAUGAAGCAAGGUAUAAGCUGGCGGCAAAGGCAAGGGAGGUGAAGGAAUUGGCUCAGAACCGGCUCAAGCAGGCUGGUCACACUGGUUCCUAAACCUGGCUACACUUAGCCAGCUAUCUAUCUUUGGUCAUAUAUAUAUAUAUAUAUGUUUGUUGAAUGUGUUACUUUGAGUUUGAGUCCUUUUGUUGGUAAUCUUUUCUCUUUCAUAUCAUCUUCAUGAACAAAAUAAAAUUUUUAACAAUGUUGCUUUGUCAUGUUAUGUGUUUUUCA